UCGUUUCGUUGAGCGUUUUCUGGUUGGAGGAUGGAAAACAAACAAAGACGCUGUUCAGAUGGUCAUUCUUUACUUUAUCCACACUUUUGUUUUUUCUUAACUAGGUGAUGCACCUAUAUCUGUUGAUGAAUUUAAGAUGGUAGAAGAUGGUAGGUAUGAGCAAUACCCAUGGGGGAAAAUAGCAUUUUCCAAAUUGAUAAAAGGAAUGCGACAGGAGUUUUCAAAUGCCAAACAAAUGUAUCGUCUAGGCGGCAUGUCAUACGCUCUGAAUGUAUGGAUAUAUGAAUAUGCAUCUCAAGUGCCCUCUGAAAUUGCUGUAAGAGUGGGUAAUAAAAUUUCCAGAAUUCUUAACUGGCGUGUUGUUACCGUGAAGCCAAAUUUUGAGACCUUCAUGUCUACCAUCUUCAGUGAGUAUCGAUGCUCCAACAUUGUCCAAUCUCAACAUGAAAUGGAAUCUAUUGUCAUUCAUGGCAGUCAACAGAAAUCUAAAGCUUCAACAUCAACUGCUAAGGUCAAUUUCAGAAAACCUCAUGAAGUCCCCGAAUUUGAGGACUUUUCAACAACAACACCCAUAGAAUUAUUAAAAAGAUCCAGUCAUGUUGCUGAUACAUUUUCUCCACCUCCUUCCAAAAGAAUGAAGACUUUCCCUACUAAAGAGUCAAUUCAAGUAGAAACAGCCAACAUGCACAAGGAUUUCAUACCACCAAAUGAAUCAGAAAAGCCUGUUUCUCUUGACAAUGUACCAGCGCCGAAGUCAGUAGUAGGAGGUGAAUCUUUCGGUCAUUUGGAUCAAAUUGUUCAUAUGCAAUUCAAAGCAUUGAAGAAGUCCAUAAAGAAGUCUCUAAAGAGAUACGUUGACCAGAAGUUCAAGCAUUUGGAGAAUAAAAUUGAUUCAAAUCAUAUUGAUCUUUUGAAAGCCAUCGACAGUAUGGCGAACCGAAUGACUGGCACAUCAUCUCAACUUAAAAUAGAUGAUUUUGAUCAAACAUUCCAUGUGGUUGAACAACAACAAGCACCUACUGGAUUGGAGGUGCACAAUUUUGCUAAUAAAUCUGACCCACCCCAACAAAAUGACCAAUCUAAUGUCCAGGAAGAUAUUAAGGAAUCGGAAACAUUAAUUUUUACACCACAAUUGAAGGAUGUAUCAGCACACCAAAUGGAACCACAAAGAGCAGAUACUGAUCAGCUUAUUCCUGAUUCUGAUACAUUACAGAACACUGGAAAGAAAGAUGGAAGAGUAGCCGUUGAUAAAACUGACAAAGUAGAAGAGCAAGUUGAGGAGAUUGAAAAAGAAAAAAUCAAACCAAGCACAUCGGAAUCCAAUACUUCAGCACCAUUUUCGACCGAAACUCUGGAUGUGAUAGAUGCUAUAAUAUACGGACUUCCAUUACCAGUCAUGCCAUUGACCGUUGUUAGUCAUGAGCAAGUAGUUCAGGAUGAAUGUCUAUUAUGCGAUAGCCAGCUACCAACCACUCUUCCAUCAAAACCCAAUCAUGAUUCCUUCGAAGAUCUUACAAUCGCCGUAUCUUUCUAA